GCUUCAAUUCUCAGCGAUGAACGAUCCGACCAUUUUCACUAACAACCAUAUCGUCCUCUUCCUCUGCUUCGUUCCCCUGUUUUUCUCACUCGCGCGCUUUCUUCACUGACCAUUACAGAUUACUACUCUGAACCCUGCAUCCAUGAUGAUGAAGGGAUUGCAGAUUUGGUUGUUUUCUUUUUCUGCAAGCAAAUUCAGUUUCUCUCAGUGUGUGGCCUGAUGCAUCUGUUCCAAUUAUUAACAAAGCUAUAUGGUACCCGGAAAGUAUUCUAAAAUGAAGCCACAAGCAGUUUAUGAUAUUGAACUCGUCAGUUCUACGCAGAGCAUAAAACAUGAAUUCUGGCCUCUAGAUGCAAUCGAUCCGGACCAAGCGAAGUUCCCAUGCUGUUUGGUUUGGACUCCUCUUCCUGUUGUCUCUUGGUUGGCACCUUUCAUUGGCCAUGUUGGGAUUUGCAGGGAGGAUGGAGCUAGUCUAGAUUUCGCAGGAUCAAAUUUUGUGAAUACCAAUGACUUUGCAUUUGGUUCUGUUGCGAGGUACCAUCAACUCGACCGAGAAAAAUGUUGCUUCCCGACAAGCUUAGCUGCGCAUAAAUGUAACCAGGGCUACCAGCAUUCACAAUAUGGAACUGCCAUUACCUGGGACGAUGGCCUACAAUCAAGUACACGGUAUUUCGAGCAUAAAUCGUACAACCUUUUUACAUGCAACUCCCACUCCUUUGUUGCCAAUUGUCUGAACCGUCUUUGUUACAAUGGAUCGAUGAGUUGGAACAUGAUAAAUGUAGCAGCUCUAAUUCUGUUCAAGGGGCAUUGGGUUAAUGGCAUGUCAAUUGUAAGAUCAUUCCUUCCCUUUAUUCUGGUGGGCUGCCUGGGCAUUGCCAUGGUUGGAUGGCCCUUCUUGAUUGGACUGUCAUCUCUUUUUCUACUUUUGGUUGGUUGGUUUGUUAUGGGUACUUAUUGUAUAAAAAGCCUGUUGGAAUGCUAGAUUUGGUUGAACAUUUGUAGUUGAGAAUCACCGAGUGAUGGUUCUCCAUCCAUUGAGAGAGAAUGUUUGCUCAUAUUUGUUGAACUUCGAACUUAGAGCAACAUAGAGUUUUAUAUAACGUGUAGAAACAUACUAUUUUGGUUCAUUUGAAAGCUUCAGUAUUGUAUUUGUUUAAAUAUUAAGAUCUGUGAAUCUAAAAUUUUAUAAUGCUUGGUUUUAUUAUAAUGUUCUCUUUUGAUAAUAAUGUGUGUCCAUUGUUAUUUUAUGAUUCCUCAGACCGAUUGCACUCAAAUAGAAAAUUCCAAAUUUAAAAUCCUUUAUCCGAAAUGGACCGAAUCCAUACUAGGUUCAGUCAACUGCCUGUCAAUCGAGCUCUAAUCGACCCAGAUUGUUUACUUGUUCAUCUCUUUCCUGCUUUGUUUGCGAUCUCGAUCAUGCGAUGUUCAGGAUUCAUGAAAUCCCUUUCGGUUUUCGCUGUUAAGGACGCCGGGUAUGCUUUUAUUUUUGGUUCUUCUAAUCAGCCUAUUUAAGUCUCUUGGAGUAUUGUUUAUUAACAGAUGAUGUUUAAAUUCCAUUUUUCAGGUGGUUACAUGAAAUCUAGCGCUGUAGUGAUUGCUGAUUCAAUCGAAAAUCUCUGGAAGCAAAGUUCAAUCAAAUACAGAAAGCUUUCCAGGCAGAAUGUAGUCACCAAGUGAGCUACUUUGUUUUCCUGUUAUAUUAAAUCAGUAGCAUGAGCCAUUUGGCACGACUUUUCUGUAAUCACGUUGUCUUCUAUGAAUAUGAACAAAGUUGGAGCGGAAUUGUGUAAAAAACUUAAGCCAUGAAACAGAUGCAUUAUUGUGGCUUAUACUUAAAGUAACCAAAAGAAUUGAGUAUAAGAGGAAAGAGAAGGAUACAGAACCCACAAUCAUAUGGUAGUUCUAUCAAAUAAAAGAUCUAUAUCCACCCACACUUUCAUUAUGAUUUCCACGGUAGAGUUAAAAGAAAUUCAGAGACAGCCUCUUCUGAGCUAGCCCAAUUAACAUUCUGAAUCCUUAGCAUACUUGGACAAUCGUCUUCUUCAAUCACUCAGUGAUACAAGAGCGACAAUCCUUAGCAUACUUGGACAAUGAUUUAGUUGAUUUUCUUAAUACUUUCAUGUACCCUUCAUGUGACUGUUGGAGGUGAUUUUUUCUUUUUUUAUACAUAUUACUGUUCUUCAGAUGAUUUCGAUACGAGUGAAAAUACUUUUCUUGACCCUAAUAAGUAUGUUUAGUCGGAUAUAAUCUUACUUAAGUUGAUGACGUCUAAUUUCUUAUGAUGUACAUUUGAAUGAUUUCUAGUUAGUAUUUAGAUAAAUUGUAGAUUUCAUAACAUUGAGUCUAUAACAAUCUAUGCGUUGAUCUUGUGAUAAGUAGGAAAAAAAAACGUGAAGAAACUUUGAAAAAAUGAGUUUGAACUCAAGCUACCUGUCACUAAGUAGAUAUACUUUUAAAAAAUAAAGCUGUAGACAGUUGAAUACUAUAUGAGAAGAUGGAGAUUAGAUCUUUUGGAAAAUAUGUAAUAAAGAGUUAUCUAGUUAGAUGAGUUGAUAUAUUAAUGGAGCCGUGAGCCAGAAACUGUUGUAGGAAAUCAGCGUGCUAGAGGUUGAGGCGGAGGCUGAAUAUAAUAAUGGGGUAAAGGGUAGGAUGGGUGAAAUCCAAGGCAAGUCCUAGUGGGAUGAGUGAGGACAAAACCAGCAUUGAGUUUGAUUGGAGGCAGAGAAAGGCAGGCAUUAUAAGCCCGAGAUUGAUGUCUCUCUCACCCCCAAUGGCUUAUGUAAGCACCGACACCAACACCAACACCAUCACUUUAGUCCUUCCUCCAAUGCCUCUUCUCAACCCCCACCACCUCUAACUCUUUUCUUCACUCUUGGGUUUCCUCCAGACUGUCCCUUGACCCCACUUUCCCAUUUCUCUAUCCAAUAAUAAUAAUAAUAAUAAUAAUAAUAAUAAUAAUAAUAAUCCCCAGCGCACAAAUCUUAACAACCAUUGUAAUCAAGCCUAGAUGAGAAUGAGAUGUGUUAGAAUAAGAAACCAAGUUUUGUUCUUGUAGAACUGUUUGGUCAAAGUCAAACAAGCUCCAGCUGUGUUUGAGAUAUACAUGGAAUAAAGGA